CAUUGGUUAUUCAGUUCAUCCAAGUGCCGCUGAACCAACAGAGCGGUUAGAGGUGCACGAUAUAUUCAGCGUAUGUGAUAAUUCUCAAUAUGCUUAAUUUUCCUACGAACAUGACCUAAAUCAUGUUAAAAAACUCUUCGGGAGACUAACUGAACGGGACCAGAUUCGGGGGAUGCGCAGCUGGAGGUGGUCCGUCUCCAGGAUCAUGCGUCUCUUCCUGCGCUGGUUCAGACUCUGUCCUCGUCGGGGACACAGAAAGCGCAGCAGAGUCCGAGACCUGUGGAAUUAUGGGAUGGUGGUGCUGAAGUCCCUCUACUACAACGUCCAGACCAAUUCAGACACGGUGCUGGACUGUAUGUUUGAGCCCAUCUACUGGCUAGUGGACAACAUGACCCGCUGGUUCGGAGUGGUGUUUGUGUGUCUGGUGAUGGCCUUGACCAGCUCAGUGGUGGUUAUCGUGUAUCUGUGUGUUCUGCCCAUCAUCUUCAGCUCAUAUCCCGUUUACUGGAUCCUCUGGCAUCUGUGUUACGGCCACUGGAAUCUGCUCAUGGUCGUCUUUCAUUACUAUAAAGCCACGACCACACAGCCUGGAUUCCCUCCGCAGGAAAAGACUGAUAUUCCGACUGUUACCAUCUGUAAAAAAUGUAUAGUUCCCAAACCAGCCCGAACUCAUCACUGCAGCAUCUGCAACAGAUGUAUUUUGAAAAUGGACCACCACUGUCCCUGGUUGAAUAACUGCGUGGGUCACUUCAACCACCGCUACUUCUUCAGUUUCUGUCUCUUCAUGACCAUGGGCUGCGUCUACUGCAGCAUCAGUGCCAAAGACAUGUUCCUGGACGCUUACAAUGCCAUUGAGUCAGGCAGGUAUAAGGGCGGAGCCUCUCAGGGGGAGGCGGUGCCAGGGGCGGGGCUUAUUUACAUCUCAUUCCAGCAUCAGAGUUCGUAUCAAACUCCUCCACCUGCCUUCACUCAUCAGGAACGAAUGGUUCACAAGAGUCUGGUUUACCUGUGGGUGCUGACCAGCUCAGUGGCAGUGGCUUUGGGUGCUCUGACGUUGUGGCACGCGAUUCUGAUCACCAGAGGAGAAACCAGCGUGGAGAGACACAUCAACCGCAAGGAGAGACGACGACUCAAACUCAGGGGGAAACUUUUCCGUAACCCGUACCAUCAUGGAAGAAUCAACAACUGGAGGAUAUUUUUCGGUGUGGAAAAAGGAAGUGAUUGGCUGUGGCGUGUCCUCCUGCCCUCAACUCAUCCUCCUCUUGGAGAUGGCCUGACAUGGGACUGUCCUGCUUACAAGAGCAGCACCACCGCCAUAUGAACACACACACACACACACUCAAAUGAGGAGCUUUAUAUCAAGUGUGUGUUUCUGCUGCAGUGUGAGAUGCUGUGUUUUUUCUAGAUGUGCCGAGUUCCUCGUCGUACUUGGUGCCAAAGGUUUUUGACAGUGACAUCUGUGGAAUAUUUCCAUCUUUUAUAUAACUUAAAGACUGAUGAUCAUCAUCAUCAUUUAUCUUUGAGCGCUGUGUUUUUAACAAACUCCUGUCUUCACUUCCUAUCUGAAUGUCCAAACAUUUCCAGAGUGGUCCGCGCGUUGCAUUUUGUUAUGUUUUAUAUUUGAAAAUUUUAUAUUGUUAUUAUUUUUGUUUAUGAAACAGGUCUAGAUGUACAGAAGCUGUGACUGUGGGGUCCAGAAGUCAGAGACUAUGGAGGAAAAAAGCUACAUAUUGGAUAUUUCAUAAUGAUUUUUCAAUUUAAUUACUGUAUAAAUGACAUUACAUGCGUGAUGAUGAAUUAAAAUUUCAGAAUUAAAAAAAAAAAAAGUAAUAUCAUGGUCAAAAUUGGUAUAAAAUGUUAUUAUUUAUACAUUUAUUAAGUUUAUUUAUUAUAUUUUAGACGAACUUUUGCAAUUAAGCCAUUCAUUAAUUUUAUUUUGGAGAUUCGCUUAUUUGCAACUAAACCUGAACUAAUGUGUCAUGAUACUGGAACUCAAUACCAAUCAUACUUCCAUAUCCAACUAACAUUAGGGCUCGUUCUUAAACAGAGCUGAGUUACCAUUGUGUUCACAUGCUCAACAGAAAUGACUGUGAUUGGCUGAAUAAGUCAUCAGUUCACCGAACUCACCGCUAAACGCGAGCGUGGAACCUGGUGUACGCAAAGUUGUGCGUACGCAGCGUUGAUACAUGAAGCCCCCGCUGAUCUUCUCGCCUUUAAAACGCUCCAAUGUUCCUGUAUCUGUGGCUACACUCAGUAAACAGUAAUGAGUUCGAUGAACUGAUGACCUUUACAGCCAAUCACAGUCAUUUCUGUUGAGCAUGUGAACACAAUGACAAAUCAGCGCUGUUUAAGAACUGAACUCCAGUCUCAUGACAACAACUGAUAAUUUCCUGACAACAUUUUUACUAAGUGUUAAAAGUCCUGAGACUUUUGGAUCCCUGGUAAACAAGCAAGUGACCAAUGUUUUGUGUGUGCGUGUUUUCAGGAUUUAAGACCUUUUUUUUUAUUGUAUGACACGUUGCUGUAAAUAUGUGAAUCGUUUGUAACAUCAUCUAUCAAUGCCAGCUCAGCAAACACUGUACAGAUGAACUGCUGGGAUUUAAAAAACAGCAAUAAAACAAGUUUCUAGUUGGA